AUGAAUGUGUCGCUCCAGGAUGAAAACGCGGGAGGGUCGACGGGUCUCCAGCUAGACAAAAUGCCACAACAGAAUGAGGUCAUUGAGCCGAAUGAAGAUUGGACCGGAGUGACUUCGAGCAAAGAGCGGAGAAGGCUCCAGAACCGCCUGAACCAGAGGGCGCACCGAUUUGGUUUUACUGCUGACAUUCAGAAUGACUGGGUUUCCAUAGGUAGGAGAUUGAGACAGGAAUUCUUCCGUCAGGUAGAAAACAGGCCGCCGGUCGAAUACGUAGCAGAAGCCGGGCCCUCAACCUCGGGCCCGGCCCCGGAUCCGGCUCCGGCCUCCGGCAGCGGAGCGGAAACCGGAGGAGCAGCAGCAGCAGCAGCCGAGGAUGAGGUCGCAGACGACGGCUACACGCUUCUCCCCUGCGCCCAAAAGAGGGCGCGGAUGAGGGACGCCAGCAUCCAGGCCAGACGGAACCUCGCGCUGGGGACGCCCCAGCCCGUGCAGCUGCCGCUCGUCGUCGGGCUCAACCUCCUCACGGCGCUCGCACGCAACACGCGGCUGAUGGGCUUCGACAAGCACUCCAUCUGUUACGACGAGUACAUCUCCCCCUUCAACCUGCAGGGGCCCGGCCUCCCCUGCGCGCCGCGGGACGCGUCCUCGUGGCCGCCGUUCCUGCACCCGACGGAGGCGCAGUUCACGAUCACGCACCACCCUUUCCUCGACGUGUUCCCCAUCCCCUCGCUGCGGGAGAACGGCAUCCGGGCCGAGGAGCUCGGCUUCUUCGACGAGGACGACUUCUGCAGGGACGUCUUCAGCACGGAGGACGACGCGGACGGCCCCCGGCUGCUCGUCUGGGGCGAGUCCUGGGACCCGCGCGGGUGGGAGGCCAACGUGCCCUUCUUGAAGAAAUGGGGCUGGCUCGUUCGCGGGUGUCCCGAGCUCUUGGAGGGCACCAACUACUGGCGGCAGAGGAGGGGGGAGAAGAAGCUGAGAUUCAUCACGGCCGGCUGA